CUUUGAAACCCGCUGUAAGCCAAGCCGGUCCAUACACAUAAUGUAGAAAGUACAUAAAUUCUCCAAUCAUUCAAACAGACCGCGACGAGGCGACACGCGCCUUUUCCAACGACUAUCCAAAUCUCGGACCCAGAUAACUCGGGCCAUCUCCCCCAUACAGCCAUACAGCCAUACCGCCGUACUGCCUAUUCCCAAUCGCGAUCGAAACUGGUGUCGCACGCUUAAACGGUGGAGCUACAAAACUUUAGUUCCAAUCAGUCCAAGGAAUUAAAAAUCAAAGUAAAGCAGAAACAGAGACAUAACAAGGCCCUCGAAUCGGGGCCAAAAUAGUCAAGAUGCAGACCGGCUACCGCCCUUACCCGCAGCAACAGGUGCCGCCGCCGCCGCCGCAGCAGCAGCAGCAACAGCAGCGUACUCCCCAUUCGGCCGGACAGCGACGAGGAGGCAUUGGUCCCAUGAUGUCGUCCGGUCCUCAUCAUCAAGUUCCCCUGACUCAGGCGCAAAUCGCCCAGCAGCAACAGGCCGCCGCCAUACAGGUCGAGAUGGCUAAGCGGCGCAGUCGCAAGCCAACCGAUAAGAAUCUCCCUGAUAACAUCGACGACUGUGCCGUCGGUGAUAUGGCGGUGAGAUAUCGAGAGCUUAGGGAUUUUGAGAGAAGACUCGAUGCAACUAUGACGAGAAAACGCCUCGAUAUUGUCGAUUCGGUAAAUCGAAGCGUCAAGCGCUGGAAGACGCUUCGGAUCUGGAUUACCAAUACCGCAGAAGAUCAAGUCUGGCAAGGGAAUGGUCUUGUCGAUACCUUUGAUUUCAGUUCUAAUCUAGAGCCCACCUAUCGCAUUAAGAUUGAAGGACGAUUGUUGGAUGACGACGAUGAUCUCGACAAGGAUGAUGAUAGUGAAGAUAACACGGGUGAAUCUGACGACGCCGACCGCAUGGAGGAAGACACGAAACCGAAGGCGAAGUCUCCGAAAUAUAGGUUCUCUCAUUUCUUCAAGGCCUUGAGCGUAGAUUUUCCUAGCAAUCGGAAGGGCAUCGAUCAGGUCGUCGAAUGGAAGAAGCCGGAGCGUGCUGGUCCAUCGUCGAGUCUUCCCGCUGCUGCCGACUUCGACGAACUGACGUUCAAGCGUAGCGGAGACGAGAACCUUAAUAUUACGAUCAAUCUCUACAGGCACGAGGAGCCCGAGCGGUACGCGGUUAGCCAGGAGUUAGAAGACAUUGUGGACAUGUCAGAAGCUACACGACAGGAGAUAGUGAUGGGGAUUUGGGAAUACAUUAAACUAAUGGGGCUACAAGAGGACGAGGAGAAGCGCAAUUUCCGGUGUGAUGAUUUAUUGAGAAAAGCUUUUGGCAUCGAGACGGGGUCGAUUCCUAGGCUGCACGAAUAUAUUACACCGCAUCUAAAACCCCUACCACCGGUCAAGCUUCCCUACACCAUCCGACUAGACGAAGACUUCCACAAAGACCCACAGCCGACCGUCUACGAUGUUCGCGUCGCUGUAGAUGAUCCGUUACGCGAGAAGAUGUCUUCGUUCCUUAGCAACGCUGGUUACGCCAACAUGCUGAAGGAAGCUGCUUCCCUUGACGACCAGCUCGCUAUCAUAAUCCACGCGAUCCACGUGUCCAAGGCUAAGCAUGCCUUCCUAACGUCUCUUAGCGAGGACCCUGCCAUUUUUGUAAGGGACUGGUUGAGCUCGCAGAAGCGUGAUCUCGAUGUAAUUAUGGGAGAGUCAAUGAGAGGCACUGGUGAAGAUGCUACUGGAGACGAGUGGAGAAAGGGAGGCAAAGAUAGUAUCUGGUCUACCGUCAACGCUCGCGAAAGCGUUACGGUGAUGUUAUCUAAGCAGUCUGUCUUACCGCAGCGAUAGCUCCUAAGUUAACCCGUGAGGUGCUUGGGAAUCAAGAGGAAGGAUGGAGAUGACUACCUGAGUAAUAGUCAAGGCAAUGGCGUAUGGCGUGCUAGUUUAUGGCUUAGGAUUACGAGUUAGAUUCGUAACCUCUUGGUGUGUAGUAGGAGAGUGGCUCGAGGAAAAGAGGUUCUAUAUCCCUGUAUUAGUAGAAUGGGCAUCGGCAAGAAAACGUCUUAGGGGCUGGGUCCAGAAUCAACAUGAUCUAGAGACAAUCCACGGUCGCUCUAGGGGGCUACUGUAACCUUUGAUUAGAGCCCUAGUACAGCAAUCUCGUAAUAAACUGAUAUAACAUCCAUUAA